CCUCCUCUCGCGAUAUUUGGCACAUUGUUUGUAGCCAAGUUGUCAUUUGGAGUGAAAAAUCAGACGAGAGAUAGAAAUUUGUGCCCGUGUAAACCUGCUUUAUACAUAACUACACCGUGAAAAGUUUGUUUUUGUUUAUCAAUUUCUUAAUGUAUUGAUUUCGAUUGAAGUUAUGUGAAGUUACGCAUGUGGUGGAUUCUAUUCGUCAGCGCACUUAGCAACUAGCUAAAGCUAGCAAUUCGUAAGCAAAAGUCCAUGGUUCUUACAGUGGGAUUUAAGGGCCGAGUAUCACAAAGAAGAACAAACUAAGGAACUUUCUAUUAAAACAACAUUUUAAGAUCACUCAAAGCUUCCUAAAAUGUUGGCAACGGGAGCGGCUGUAACCAACGUCACAGCCCUGGCCCAAGUAGACCGUGAGAAGAUUUACCAGUGGAUCAACGAGUUGUCCAGCCCAGAGACUCGAGAGAAUGCUCUAUUGGAGCUCAGCAAGAAGCGAGAAUCGGUGCCAGACUUGGCCCCAAUGCUCUGGCAUUCAUGUGGUACCAUUGCUGCCCUGUUGCAGGAAAUAGUAAACAUCUAUCCAUCUAUUAACCCACCAACCCUUACAGCCCACCAAUCAAACAGAGUGUGUAAUGCCCUGGCACUUCUGCAAUGUGUUGCCUCACAUCCAGAGACACGGUCAGCUUUUCUUGCUGCUCACAUUCCACUUUUCCUUUACCCUUUUCUGCACACUGUGAGUAAAACGCGUCCAUUUGAGUACCUGCGACUCACCAGCCUAGGAGUCAUAGGUGCAUUGGUCAAAACCGAUGAACAAGAGGUGAUAAACUUCCUUCUUACAACGGAAAUCAUCCCACUCUGUCUCCGCAUCAUGGAAUCUGGAAGUGAACUUUCUAAGACGGUUGCUACUUUUAUACUGCAAAAGAUCCUGCUGGAUGACACUGGGUUGGCUUACAUAUGUCAGACUUAUGAACGUUUUUCCCAUGUCGCCAUGAUUCUUGGCAAGAUGGUGCUGCAGCUCUCCAAAGAGCCAUCGGCUCGUCUGCUGAAACAUGUUGUCCGCUGCUAUCUCCGCCUCUCUGAUAACCUCAGAGCCAGAGAGGCCCUUCGUCAGUGUCUACCAGACCAGCUAAAGGACAAUACCUUUGCACAGGUGCUGAAGGACGACACCACCACCAAGCGCUGGCUCGCACAACUAGUUAAGAACUUGCAGGAAGGUCAAGUUACCGAUGCUAGAGGCAUCCCACUUGCUCCACAGUGAUGGAGCUUCAAUCCACAGUGAGGGGGUGUGGUUCCACAAUGGACACAAAAGGACUCACUGGGUGUUUUUUGCCAAAUUUGGUGCUAAAACUAUGCACCGGAGAGGCUUAAAAGGAGAGAGAACUUUUUUUUUUUUUUGGCUUUAGUUAAUUUGUUUUUCUGAUGUUGUUGUCAAAACUGUACACUUUUAUAAAAACCUCCAAAAUCAGGUUUUCACGCCUGACUCUCCUUUGGACACAUUACUUCAUUCUGAUUAAGCGACUGGCUCAAAUAUUGACUGAGACUCUUUAUUUCCUUUCUAUCCUUUUCUUUUGUCAGCUUUUUGUCAAAUGUUGAGGUGGACUGUCUUGCAUUUAAAGAACAACUUUGGAACUUCAGCUUUAAAUUUUACUGAAAGAAUCGACAAACAAAAGUUUGGAAAGUUCAUUCAUAUGUCACAUUUUUAUCAAACAGCAUUUUUCUGAAACUGUUCUUAAAUCCGAUGCUGGCACUCGUCUUUUUGUUGUUGCAACUUCGUUUUCUGUAACUUCCCAAUAAAGGCUGUUUUUUGCUUCUAAAA